AAUCAUUUUAUACAUCCUUUUUAAGAAAUUAAACCACCAAGGCCAUGGCUUCCCACAUCUUUCUCUUCUCCACACCUUUUUUGGUUUUUUCCUUACUUGCUUAUGCUUCCUUCUUUGCUUCUUUUGCUUACUCGGCUAGUACUGGAGCUGCUGAAGUAGCAAAUGGAAGGAAGGAAGCGGAAGCUCUUCUGGAAUGGAAAGUCAGUCUUGACAACCAAAGCCAGUCUCUCCUGUCUUCUUGGGCUGGAGACAGCCCUUGCAACUGGUUCGGAAUCAGUUGCGACCAGUCUGGUAGUGUCACCAACAUAAGUCUGUCCAAUUCUAGUUUGAGAGGUACGCUUAAUAGUCUCAGAUUCUCUUCCUUUCCUAACUUGAUUGAGCUUACCCUUAGCUACAACUCCCUUUAUGGUUAUGUACCUUCACAUAUAGGUAACCUUUCUAACCUCAACAUCCUUGACUUGUCUUUCAAUAACAUUUCUGGCAACAUUCCACCAGAAGUUGGAAAUUUGGUAUCUCUCACUAGUUUAAAUUUGUCCUCUAAUAAUCUAAUUGGUACAAUACCAACAUCUUUAGAAAAUUUAAAAAACUUAUCUGUACUUAAACUUUGGAGUAAUAAUCUUUUUGGUUCCAUUAUUUUUAUUGAAAACCUGACCAGUUCUCUCACUAUUUUAAAUUUGGCAUUUAAUAAUCUAACUGGUACAAUACCUACAUCUCUAGGCAAUUUAAAAAGAUUAUCUGCAUUUAUCGUUGGGAAUAACAAUCUUUCUGGUCCCAUUCCUCCAGAAAUGAACAACCUUACACAUUUGUUAGCGUUACAAAUAUUUUCUAAUAGAUUUUCUGGUAAUCUACCACGAGAUGUGUGCCUUGGUGGAUCACUUUUAUAUUUUUCUGCAUCUGAAAAUUAUUUCACGGGACCUAUCCCGAAAAGCUUGAGAAACUGCAGCAGCUUGUUGAGACUCAGACUUGAGAGAAACCAACUUAGUGGAAACAUAUCUGAAGCUUUUGGCACACAUCCUCAUUUGAACUACAUGGAUUUGAGUGAUAAUGAAUUGCAUGGUGAACUUUCAUUGAAAUGGGAGCAGUUUAACAAUCUGACAGCCUUCAGAAUUUCUGGUAACAAGAUUUCUGGAGAGAUACCAGCAGCUCUUGGAAAGGCAACUCAUAUACAAGUUCUUGACCUCUCGUCAAAUCAACUAGUUGGGAGAAUUCCAAAAGAAUUGGGAAAUUUGAAGUUGAUUGAACUUGCACUCAACGAUAACAGACUUUCAGGUGAUAUUCCUUUCGAUGUCGCAUCGCUAUCUGAUCUCCAAAGGCUUGGCCUGGCCGCGAACAAUUUUAGUGCAACAAUUCUUAAACAGCUUGGCAAGUGCUCAAAACUGAUAUUAUUGAAUAUGAGCAAGAAUAGAUUCGCAGGGAGUAUUCCUGCUGAGAUGGGGUAUUUACAAUCUCUUCAAAGUCUUGAUCUCAGUUGGAAUUCCCUCAUGGGAGGUAUAGCACCGGAGCUUGGACAUAUGCAGCAGCUAGAGGUAUUAAACCUCUCCCAUAAUAUGCUGUCUGGUCUAAUUCCAACCAGUUUUAAUAGACUGCAAGGCCUCACUAAAGUGGAUGUAUCCUAUAACAAGCUAGAGGGUCCCAUUCCUGACAUCAAAGCCUUUCGCGAGGCACCAUUUGAAGCAAUUCGCAACAACACCAACCUGUGUGGCAAUGCAACUGGUUUGGAGGCUUGUUCUGCUCUCAUUAAAAACAAAAGUGUGCACAAGAAGGGCCCCAAAGUUGUCUUUUUGACAGUAUUUUCUCUGCUGGGUAGUUUGUUGGGCCUGAUUGUAGGUUUUCUUAUCUUUUUCCAAAGCAGAAGAAAGAAAAGGUUAGUGGAAACACCACAAAGAGAUGUUACCGCGAGAUGGUGCCCUGGUGGGGAUCUGCGCUACGAGGACAUCAUUGAGGCUACUGAGGAAUUCGACUCCAAAUAUUGCAUUGGUACUGGAGGGUAUGGAGUUGUAUACAAAGCUGUACUUCCAUCAGAACAAGUCCUUGCCGUGAAGAAAUUCCACCAAACACCAGAAGUUGAGAUGAGCAGCUUGAAAGCUUUUAGAAGCGAGAUUGAUGUCUUAAUGGGUAUACGGCAUCGAAAUAUUGUGAAGCUGUAUGGUUUCUGCUCGCAUGCCAAACACUCAUUUUUGGUAUAUGAAUUUGUGGAAAGGGGAAGUUUAAGAAAGGUACUGAACGACGAGGAACAAGCAGGAAAGAUGGAUUGGCAUAAAAGGAUGAAUCUUAUCAAAGGCGUAGCCAAUGCUUUAUCCUACAUGCACCAUGACUGCUCCCCUCCGAUUAUUCAUAGAGACAUUUCCAGCAACAAUGUUCUUUUGGAUUCAGAAUAUGAGGCUCAUGUCUCUGACUUCGGCACAGCCAGGCUCUUAAUGCCUGACUCGUCCAAUUGGACAUCAUUUGCUGGCACCUUUGGGUACACAGCUCCAGAGUUGGCAUACACAAUGAAAGUGGAUGAAAAAUGUGAUGUGUAUAGCUUUGGAGUAUUAACAUUGGAAGUAAUGAUGGGAAAGCAUCCUGGCGAUUUCAUCUCAUCUCUGAUGUUAUCUGCCUCCACCUCCUCAUCAUCACCAAUUGGUCACAAUACAGUCUUGAAGGAUGUCUUAGACCAGCGCCUCCCACCUCCUGAAAACGACCUUGCGGACGGUGUGGCACAUGUUGCAAAACUGGCGUUUGCUUGCUUGCAGACCGAUCCUCACUAUCGGCCAACAAUGCGACAGGUUUCUACAGAGCUUACAACUCGAUGGCCUCCAUUGCCAAAGCUAUUCUCCACGAUGGAAUUGGAAGAUAUAAUGGUUCACAGAUAUGUUAUUGGCUGAAUUUUUACAGUAUACUUGGGCGUUUGUGAAAAGCAACUUGUUUGGCAAAAUGUAAUAUUCAAUAAUCAAGUCUAUGUUAGAUAUUCCGUCCAAAGCAUCAUUUUAGAUGAACUUGGUGAAUGUCAUGAAUCAUGUAAUUUAUUGCCUUCAUUUGUAUCAAUUGCCUUCCUACUA